AUGUACCAUCCUUUCUGGCGAAAUCCUUACGUGCUUUGGAACAAAAGUGCUCUACUAGUAGUGCGGGAAGCUUCCGAAAAAGAACAAAUUGUGGGAGAACAGUUUGAACCAAUAGAAGAUGAUUAUUUUCAUAUUGCCAUAGCACCUGUGCUGAAAAUAUCCCAACUAUUCGGAGUUUUCCCACUUUCCAACGUAAUGGAGCGUCUUCCGGAAAAGCUCGCGUUCAAAGCGACUUCUUUGGCAUGUUUUAUCAGCUCGGCAGUUAUUUUCGGUGGAUACUCCGUCUCGCUGCUUAGCGUAAAACGGCUAACAGUGAAAGGAAUCAAUGUUAUCAACGUUGCAGAACCGUUUUUCUUUGCCAUAAAUGCGACGAGUACUGUACUCUUUUGGCAAUUGGCAAAAACGUGGAGUACAUUACUUACUGAAUGGCGCCGCACCGAGAAGACCUUUCUGAAGAAUCCCUUCCAUAGGGUUCCACUGAAACGAAGGAUACGGUCUCUGGCCGUUGUGAUACUGUUUCUGGCACUCGUUGAGCACAUGUUGUCUGUUGGUAAUAACGUUAGCAAUAUUUACAGAGAGGCAGCCAAUUGCAACUGGACAAUUACCGAACCAUUUAAAUACUUUUGCUUUAAAACUUUUAGCUCAGCGUUUUCAUCUAUACCCUACAAUUUACCAGUGGUGAUUUAUAACGAGUACAUCGUUCUGUCGAUGACAUUUGUGUGGAACUUCGUCGACCUAUUCGUCGUUUUGGUCAGCAUCGGACUCUCGGUCAGGUUCAGACAGUUAAAUCACUACAUCUCGGAUCGAAUCAGUCAACGGAAACCAACAACAGAGCAUUGCUGGGAACGGAUACGAAUCCAUUACGUUUCACUGUGCGAACUUGUCGAGACGCUGAACCGUUCCGUCAGUCGGUUGGUGUUUGUGUCUUACGCCAACAACCUGUAUUUCAUCUGCUUUCAGAUUAUGAACGCCACCCAUGAGCAACCGUUGCUCAUUAAUAAAAUCUACUUUAUCUACUCGUUUAUAUUUCUGCUACUACGAGCUUUCCUAAUGUUUUGGUACAGUGCACAGGUUCAGGAUGCCAGUCACCAGCCGUUCAUGCUAAUCCGACUAGUACCCAACGAGGAGUACUGUGACGAGCUAGAACGGGUACAGAUGUACUCCAAAAGAGGUACUAGCCUCACCGGAAUGGGAGUGUUUAUGGUGUCCAGGAAAAUUUUACUAACGAUUGCCGGUACGAUAAUAACCUACGAACUAGUCCUGUUGGCUUACCGGAGACGCACGGAUGAAGAGCAAACGUCGGGUGGUACCGGCCAUGAAUGUGAAUUAAACUACCCUGCUGGAAACACUCACAUGAAACCAACCGAGGAACAUCUAUCGCUUUCUUGUAAAUCUACAAAAAUUCGCGAAAUCACAAUGAAACCUCUGGACUCCUUCAACGUGGCUAUGCGACCAGUGAUCCUGAUCUUCCAGCUCAUGGGAACGUUUCCGAUGUGUGGAUUAUUGCAACGGGAUACACUCGCGCUACGAUUCAAAUGGUUAUCGAUUCAAACGGCUGUCUCUCUGGUGUUCGUUAUGACCGGACUGCUCAUGUGCUACAUCGAAUACGAACGUUUGGAACGGGUUGGUGUUAACGCAAGAAAUAUUAUUGGAAUCCUAUUCUACAUCGAUACGGUAAUCAUCAUGAUGCUAAUGGUGAACUUUGCUAGAAGAUGGAGAUCACUCGCGAUCAAAUGGAGAUAUGUCGACAGUGUCGUUCCCGUGACAGGAAAAUCCAACACUUUUAUGCUAUUGAAAAUCAGAUGGACAGCCUGGAUAAUGAUUUUGUGUGCAUUAGUUGAGCACACCCUAUCCAAGGGAGCUGAUGUGUACAAUCAAUAUCGAGAAGCUCAGUUUUGUCACUGGGACGUUCACGAUUUCCCACGGUAUUUUGCAUCGCGUCAUUAUUCCUUCGUAUUUAAACACAUCAAUUACAACAUACUAGUUCUUUUAUUUUUCGAGUACGCUAAUUUGGCUCUCACGAUGGCCUGGAGCUGCCAGGACCUGAUGAUUGUUUUGGUUAGUCUGGGUUUAACGAGCUACUUCAGGAAUCUUUACGAAAAGAUUUACCACUUCACCAGUGGCAUUAUGAUUGCGAACGAGAAGUUCUGGAUCGAAAUUCGUUCCCAGUAUGUGCAGCUGUGCGAUCUCGUGGAUACGGCGAACAAUUUGCUGGCCUCACUCAUCAUCAGCUCUUGUGGAACAAAUUUGUAUCUAAUUUGCUUUCAGCUACUGAACAUCAGCCGAAAGGAGGAAAGCUUAGCAUCAGCCAUCAAUCACUGGUAUGCGUUGAUCUACCUUAUCUUAAAGACUACCCUGGUUUUCUAUGCUGCUUCAAUGGUCAACGAGUCAGCCCUGGCACCACGAUCGAUCUGUACUAUGGUUCCGAACAUUGGAUGGUGCCUAGAACUGGACCGGUUUGCCGGUCAACUGCGAACCACACGGGUAGCGCUCUCUGGAAUGGGAUUUUUUCAUUUAACUAAACAAACCAUGCUGGCGAUGGCAGGGACAGUAGUGACAUACGAAUUGGUAAUGCUCAAAUUUGCUGAGAACACCGAAGGCAUCGGAGACGUUGCCCCAUGUUCAGCUUUAGCUUUUUCGAAGGAUACUUAG